AUGGAGGCCAACAACAGCAGCAACAGCAGCGACAGCAUCCAGGAGGCUCCGAGCGUCGAGCCCAAGGGUGUUAAUACCCAUCAUCUGGAGACAGGUGUUGACAAGGAUGUACAUGUCGACCUGAACGAAAACCUCGAGGCUAGGAUCAAGAACCCCCUCAAGGGCAUUCCUUACGAACAGCUCAUGAACGAUGUUGAGGUCUUUGCGCAGGAGAAGAACCUCGUUGAACACAUCCCUUUUCUCCGCAAGGGCGCGCUCGUGGCCCAAGACCCGGAUAACUACCACAACAUCAAGGGGCCCGAGGAGCUGACGGACGACGAGAAACGCGUUCUCCGAAAUGAAGUGGAGCACAAGUGGCGCAUGCCAUUGAAGUUAUUCCUCACCAUUGCUACAUGUUCUAUCGGUGCUGCCGUCCAGGGAUGGGACCAGACAGGGUCAAACGGAGCCACUAUCUUCUUUCCCAGGCACUACGGCAUCGAGCAUGACGAGCUCCUUGUGGGACUUGUCAACGCCGGCCCCUAUAUCGGAAGCGCGCUCAUUGGCUGUUGGUUGUCUGACCCCCUGAACUUCUACCUCGGUCGUAGAGGUGUCAUCUUCGUCUCCGCCCAGUUCUGCCUCUGGCCUGUUAUUGGUUCUGCGUUCAGCCAGACCUGGGAGCAGCAGCUCGCCAAUCGUCUCCUCAUGGGAAUUGGAAUGGGCAUCAAGGCAUCUACAGUGCCAAUUUACGCUGCUGAGAAUGCGCCUGCGUCCGUCAGAGGUGCGCUUGUCAUGUCAUGGCAGAUGUGGACCGCAUUCGGAAUCAUGCUUGGAACCGCCUUCAAUCUGGCCGUCUUCAAUGCUAAGCACAACUGGAGACUCAUGCUUGGUGCCCCGUUCAUCCCCGCUGUCCCGCUGAUGUGCCUGAUCUACCUCUGCCCCGAGUCUCCCAGAUGGUACAUGAAGAAAAACCGUUACUUGGACGCGUGGAACUCCCUGGUUAGGCUGAGACACGACUCAGUCCAAGUUGCCCGAGACCUGUACUACAUCCACGCCCAGCUGGAGAUCGAGAGGGCCAUCUUGAGGGAGAGCAACUACGUGACAAGAUUUACGCAGCUGUUCACAAUCCCGCGUGUCCGGCGGGCCAAUCUCGCCGCCUUCACCGUCAUGAUUGCGCAGCAGAUGUGUGGAAUCAACAUCAUCGCCUUCUAUUCGACCACAAUCUUCAGGGACGCAGGCUACAGCCCGUUCCAUGCCCUCUUGGCUUCCUUUGGCUUCGGCCUGGUGAACUGGGUCUUUGCCUUCCCUGCCUUCUGGACGAUCGACACCUUCGGUCGAAGGUCGCUGCUACUGUUCACGUUCCCCCAAAUGACCUGGACGCUGCUUGCUGCCGGACUCUGCACACUUCUGCCGGAAGGCAACUCGGCCAGGACCCCGCUUGUGGCCCUAUUCGUGUUCCUGUUUGGAGCUUUCUACUCGCCCGGUGAAGGCCCUGUCCCAUUCACAUACAGUGCCGAGGUGUAUCCUCUGUCCCAUCGUGAGGUUGGCAUGGGUUUUGCUGUCGCGACUUGCCUCUUCUGGGCUGCCGUUCUGGGAAUCACGUUCCCCUUGCUUCUCUCAUCUGCCAGCACAGUGGGUGCUUUCGGCUGCUACGCCGGCUUCAACGUCGUAGCCCUGGUCAUGAUCUUCUUCUGGGUUCCGGAAACCAAGCAGCGCACCCUCGAGGAGCUCGACUAUGUGUUUGCCGUCCCGACCAGGAAGUUCGCCCGCUACCAACUCACCAAGGCUCUCCCAUGGUGGUUCAAGCGUUGGGUGCUAUUCCAGCGCGACGCCAAGCUCGAGCCUCUGUAUCGACACGACAACUCGGAGUACUCAGUGAAGUCAGUAGAGUUGAUCUGA